AGGAUCCAACCGAUAGUUACAUGAGACAAAAGAAAUUGGAUGUACCUGGUGUUCUGGGGAUGAAUGUGUUUAACCCUCUUUACCUGUAUAGGCAAUGCGGCUCUGACCUUUGGGAAGCACCGGUACUCAAGGAGGCGCCACAGGGAUGGAGAAAAAUGUUGAGAUGCUGUCACAUGAUGGAAGCGAUGGUCAACUCUCCCGGCCCUCAUCAGGUCAGGGUGCAGGGAGCAGGUGCAGCAGCAGGAAGCUAUCAUGGCGUCUCUUUGCCAGGUUCUCCGUACAACAUCAGCAGGAAUGACCCCCGCCUCCAGCAGGUGGUCCUCGGCGCCGCCUACGCCUUCAACAACCAAUCAAAUGACGCCUUCCUGUUCAAACCCUCAGCCAUCCACAGAGCGCAGCGGCAGGUCGUCAAGGGGAUCCGAUACGUCGUAGACUUCCAGAUCUCCAGGACGGUCUGCCCCAAACGGAACCGGGUCAAGGAUCUGUCAAAGUGUGACCUGCAGCCUCUGGGUCGUCUGCAGCAGACGCUGCAGUGCCACCUGGACCUCUGGCUGAUUCCCUGGAAGCAUCGCAGUGAAACCCUGGCGCUGGUCUGUAGACCCUGAGGGUCAUGUGACCUGCCUCCAUCAUGGCGAGCAGAACACAGCGGACCAUCAGAACAUCUGAUCUGGAAAUGUUCUGUUGCUGGCUUCAGACCAGGAUCUGUGUUCUAGCCAGAACCUCUGAGCUCACACCCAAAUGUCAAAGUCCUCUUUAAGUUGUUUUGAGUCAAUAAAUAUUUUUGUGAUGGCAGAAUUAAA